AUGGCGUUACAGAAAGCUGUUCACGAUAAGAUUAUGGCAGAUGUCAUCCUGGCAGCCAGAAAAACAAGUGAAUGGAAAGUUUUGAUUGUAGAUCAACUGAGUAUGAGGAUGAUUUCAGCUUGUUGUAAAAUGCAUGAAAUCAUGGGACAGGGUGUGACAUUGGUAGAAGAUAUCAAUAAAAGAAGAGAACCAUUACAAUUAUUAGAUGCUAUUUAUCUUAUUACUCCUUCAGAAAAGUCAAUCCGAGCUUUAAUAGCUGAUUUCCAGAAUCCUAAUAAUACCAUGUAUAAAUGUGCUCAUGUUUUCUUCACUGAAGCCUGUCCUGAUGAGUUAUUCAAUGAACUAUGUAAAUCUACGUCUGGUAAAUUUAUAAAAACAUUAAAAGAAAUCAAUAUUGCUUUUCUACCGUAUGAAUCACAGGUGUAUUCUUUAGAUUCACCGAUAACAUUUCAGUUUUAUUACAAUCCUAAUAGACUGAUGAAUAGAGCUAUGAAUCUAGAGAGAUGUGCUGAACAGAUAGCCACACUGUGUGCUACACUAGGAGAGUAUCCUGCUGUCAGAUAUAGAAGUGAUUUUGAUCGUAAUGCUGAGUUUUCUCAACUCAUUCAACAGAAAUUAGAUGCCUAUAGAGCUGAUGAUCAUACUAUGGGAGAGGGUCAUCAGAAAGAUCGUAGUGUAUUGUUGAUAUUAGACCGAGGUUUUGAUCCUGUAUCACCAUUAUUACAUGAACUUACUUUUCAAGCUAUGUCUUAUGAUUUAUUACCUAUUGAUAAUGAUGUUUACAAAUAUGAAAGUGCUACAGGACAAGACGUAGCUGAAAAAGAAGUGUUAUUAGAUGAUAAUGAUGAAUUGUGGCAAGAAUUACGACAUCAACAUAUUGCUGUUGUUUCUCAACAAGUUACGAAGAAACUGAAACAGUUUGCGGUUGAUAAAAAGAUGUCGAAUACGGAGAAAUCUAACAUGAGAGAUUUGUCUCAGAUGUUGAAAAAGAUGCCCCAAUAUCGUAAAGAAUUAAAUAAAUAUUCUACUCAUCUCCAUCUAGCAGAAGAUUGUAUGAGACAAUACCAGAAACAUACUGAUAAACUCUGUAAAGUUGAACAGGAUCUAGCUAUGGGAGCCGAUGCGGAGGGUGAAAAGAUAAAAGAUCACAUGAGAAACAUCGUGCCGAUAUUAUUAGAUCAGAACGUGACAGCGUAUGAUAAAAUACGAAUCAUUCUGUUAUAUAUUAUACAUAAAGGAGGUAUUUCUGAAGAGAAUUUAGCUAAAUUAGUUCAACAUGCCCAGAUCCCAGGAGAAGAGAAAUGUAUUUUGUCUAACAUGCAGAAUCUUGGUGUCCCUAUUAUACAAGAUGACAAUGCUAGCUAUGGAACGUUUCAAUCAAACUUCACUCAGGGAAGUCGCCGGAAGCCACCUCAACCCUAUAUACCUAGCAAUCGUAAAAUACGAGCUCAAGAACAUCAGUAUCAAAUGUCACGUUGGACACCUUAUCUUAAAGAUAUUCUAGAGGAUAUUGUAGAAGAUAAACUAGAUGUUAAACAUUUUCCCUAUCUAUCAGGAGGAGCUGCUAGAACAACUUACAUGUCAUCUCUACCUAGGAGUGUACGUUUUGGACAUUGGCAUAAAGAAAAAGGUCAAUCCAGUGCUAGAAACGUUCCUAGAAUUAUUAUAUUUGGUAUUGGGGGAAUCACCUACUCUGAAAUGAGGGUAGCAUAUGAAGUUACUCAUGCUGUUAAGAAUUGGGAAGUUUUGAUAGGUGGAACCCAUGUUCUGACACCAGAAGGGUUUUUAGGAGAUUUGAGAGAUUUGGGGAGUUCGUCUUAAAGUGAUAUUUUAACCUUGUAGACUACAAGUUGUAGUCUAUUCCAGUAUAUAGUAGAAGAUAGAGAAACUAUAAUCUAUUAUUUCAAACUUUUCAGUCUUGUUCUAGUGUUUGUUUAUAGAAAUAUUCUCAAAAUAUCAAAUAUAUUGCUUGUUUACAUCUUUGUACCAAAGUUUGAUUCUAUCAGUUAACACUGACGUAAUAAUAGUUAACCAAUAAUUUAACUUUCAUAUUUAUUAUCAAUGAUAUAGAUCACAAUUUUCAUUGGUUAUCUACAUGUUAGUGUUUGAAAAAGUUGGUAGAAUUAUAGCAGGUAUAUAAAACAAUAAUUUGAUUAGCUCACAGUGUUAUCAACUCACUAUUUUCAUCUAUUAUAACUUGUUAUUAUUAUAGUGUAAUGUUAAAUAUCUCUAUAUGUGUCAUUAUAUUAUAAUAUUACUACUAGUAUCAUCUUUAGCUUAUUAUUUAUUUCAUUGUCUCACUACAGACUGCUUGCUGGUAUAUCAUCACUGUUUAAAUAAUUUCAAUCUUCUAUAUUAAGAGAAUAGAAAUGUUAUAAUAAAAAAAAUAAAGCAAAGAACAUUAUGUUAUGUAGCAGUUGCAGAGCCUAAGGAGGGGCAGAUGUGACAGCCGCCGCCCCGAAAGCAUGUUUUUCGGGCAAAAAUCUCAUAACUAGGUUAAGGAUUUGGGCAAUCUCAGAUAUCUGGCCCCCUCUCAGACGUAAACCUGGUUCCACCACUGUUAUGUAGAUUUAUUAACAUUUAAAUAACACUGAAUGUUUAAUAUUUAAUACACUGGGUCACAUUCAAAACAUUAACUGGGACAGUCCAAUUUAUUAUGAGGUAGUAUAAAUAGCUAUUGAUACUAUACAAACCAGAUUAAUAUUGUAUUUAUUACUACUUCUCUUACCUCAAAAUAAAAUAGACUCUUUAUAUUAUUUGUAUGGAAUUAUGGAUGUGGACAUGUUUGUGACAUCUUUGCUUGUUCCUAUAUUUUUUUAUAGUUUUCAAUGUGUUAUUAUUAUUGUGAUAUUGCUGAUUAUUA